AUGUCCAUCCUUGCAGUUUUGACUGACGAAACUACAGCAUCUCUAGAUCACCAAUUCAUGUCCGCGGCGCUUUUACGCAUCGUUGGCUGGUCGUACCUCCCAGAUUUUGCAACAAAACAAGCUCUCCGUGUAAUUCAUCAGGCAUCUUCUAGUAUUUUUCACCGGCCUCCGCCUGAUCCGCGAACGCCUGCUUAUGCACUACACUACCGACUUACUUUCGCAGCAGUUGUCCUUUGUUAUCUUAUCUAUAACUUCUUGGAUGCUUCUGGAAGCAUCACAAACAACUUUUACGAGCUACUCGGCGUAUAUCCGAACUCCAGUGAUGCUACCCUAAAGACGGCGUUUCGCGGGUUCGCAAGGAAAUAUCACCCAGAUCGAGUAGGUCCGUCAGGAGAAGCAUUGUUCAUCGAGGUAAGAGAUGCUUUCGAAGCCUUGAAAGACCCAGUGAUCAGGUUUGCGUACGACAGAUUCGGACCUGAUGUCCUGAAGUGGAAAGAGUGUACAACAAUGCGCGAGUAUCUCCGACGCGGGCUACUGAGCUCAUCAUUGUACCACGUCAUGACUGGUGCUGGUCUGAUUCUUUUCUCAGUUAUCGGAAAGCCCAGUCCAAUAGCAGCAUGGCGUUAUCUUCUUUUUCUUUCCCUUUUUGCAUCAGAGCUUUAUCUCCUCCUUGCCCCCUCGCCUUCCACGUUACCACCGAGCCCCUUUGUUGAUGCAGCAACCUCGCACACCACGAUCCUCCAUAUUGUAUUUCCUAAACGGAUUAUACACCAACAUGUUCUUCUCCUCCAUCAGGUCUUCUUUUUCCUUUCAGUUGCAUUGUCCCGAGUGGCACCAGUCCUGUUUCCCUCGCUGAUGCGGGGAGAUCCUAUCACGGAUCAGCAGAUCGUACGCGCUAUGGCCGAGAGACUUGGUGCGCUGGCAAAGACAACAGAACGAGAGUGUAAGUGGAUCAUUACCUUUCUUGGCAUAUCCAUUAAGUUUUGGUAUGCACCAAUAUUUCUUCUGACUCUAGUUUCGAUUAUGCUGGAUACGGAAUUGCUCGCAAUCCAUGAGACACCCAUGGUCACAUCUGAGUUGAGCACGCUACCUCGGUCGCGCGAGAUGCUCAAAAGUGAUAUCAUGCAUACUUUGACCAUGGAGAUGGAAGAUGUUGUUGUGGAGAAUAAGCUAAAGUCGGAAGUCGGGCCUGUGAAGACUGCAUGGGACUUUGCUGUUGAUAAAAAGAUGAGGAAGAGAGUUCAAGGUCGGCAAUUACAAGAAACAGCAGAUAAACUGUCAUCGCAACCACCAAAAACAGGUCAAGUGAAGAUGUACAACCGCGCUCGAUCUUUAUCGUUUUAA